GAAGGGAGCGGCUGCAGAGAGAGGGAGAGGUGAACUCUAGGCCAGCGCUGGUGCUUCAUUAACUGAUUUUUACAGCUCCUUGCAGAUUUCAGGUGCUAGGACCCAGGACCAACCCGGACAAGAGACUUUGAGUUGAAUCACACCAAAGGUGGGAAAAUCCUGUGGCAUGAAACAUUCAUGGCAAGUUUCUUGGCCUUACCUGUUUGUCAAGUUUUUUUUUUUUUUUUUUUUUUUUUUUGGCUUGCAAGGAAGAAAUUUGUUACAACACCGAGCUCUGUAAAGGUACAAGAGCACCUGUAGCGGGCUGACUGACUCUAAACAAUAACGUUUGUCAUUCCUCGGAUUUCAUUCACUUGCCUGCCUUAAGAAGAACAGAGAGGUUUCUGUUGAGGAUCUUCAAAGUGGUUAAUUAUCUCCUGCUCAACAAGGACGUGCUUGUUUUCUUUUUCUUUUUUUUUUUGUAUUUGCUUUUUUCUGUAUUUGCUGGUGCCUGUGUGAGCACCCAAAAAGCUUCUCGACGUGUGGUUUGAGGUGGGAUCCUGCAGAGACGCCGGGCAAAGUGCUCAGCUGGAUGUGUGUUUGUAAGGAAGCAUGAGCAACCUCUUCUACUUCAUCCUUCCAGCCCUUGGGGGCUACACUGUCACCUCGCUGUACCUGCUGAAGAACCCCCACAUCCUGCACAAGAGGAAAUGCACCGUCUUCCACUCCAAGCACAUCUCCCACCGAGGAGGAUGUGGAGAGAGGAUAGAAAGCACCAUGGAGGCUUUCACACAUGCGGUGGAGCAGGGCACAGGGAUGCUGGAGCUGGACUGUCACGUGACACACGACGGCCACGUGGUGGUGUCACAUGAUGAGAACCUGCUGAGGCAGACCGGCCACGACGUCACCCUCUCAUCUCUCGAUCUGAAGGAUUUGCCUUUGUAUAAGGAGAGGCUGGAGGUGACCUUUUAUGCAGGCCGCUACAGCAGCGGUGCAGACAGGAAGUUUGCUCUGCUAGAGGACUUGUUCAGGAAGUUCCCAGACGUUCCUGUCAACAUCGAGAUCAAAGAGAACAACUGCCUGCUGAUACAGAAGGUGUCAGACCUGGUGAAACACUACAACAGGGAGGACAUCACCGUCUGGGCAACAGUGGACUCCAGCAUCAUGGAGAAUUGCCGCAGAACGAACCCCUCCAUGCCAUACAACUUCACUGUUAGACGAGGUGUGCUGCUUCUCCUCCUCUUCUACAGCGGCCUGCUGCCCUUUGUGCCACUGGGAGAGAGCUUUCUGCAGUUCUACUUCCCACGCAUCAUCAACAGGACUUUCAUUCCUGAGAAGUACAUCCUGAGGAACAGACUGGUCAUCUUUCUGUUAGAAAAGUUAACGAUGAGGAAGAGUCUUUUUAAUCACCUUGCAGCCCGCGGAAUUCAGGUGCAAUUGUUUGUGUGCAAUGAAGACCAGGAUAUAGAGGCUGCGUUCGAAGUGGGGGCCACAGGGGUGAUGACUGACUAUCCUACCCUUCUGUCAAACUACCUGUCCUGCAACAGAUGCCAGGACUGACUGGAAAACACACAGAACACAUCAGAUGACUGAUCCUCAUGCACAACUCUGAAUUAGCAGCUUGGUUAAUCAUCGAAACUGUGCUGUGUCUGGUGUGAUCAUGAGUACAAAAUCACAAACAUCACUAAAGAUCUCCUAGUAGAGGCCAAGUUCAAGUUCAAGGUGAAAGACAGUGACAAAGACAAUCAAGACAAAAAAAGAAUAACAUGCAGAUAUCUUAAAAAAUACUGAAUUCAGAAUAUACUACAAUGUGAUACACUCUACACACACUCAAGCCUAUAAAUAUAUACGUCAGAGUGUUAAUUGAUUAAAUUCUAUUACUGCUCUUGAGGGGAUUUUUUUCUCAGUAACUGAAUGAAAUGAAAAAAAAAAAUAACCAGACUUAAAUUUAACACAACACAAGACAGCAUAUCGGAUAACUUUCUUAGAACCACUUAACUACAUGAAUAAAAAUUAUUUAAAAAAUAUCCACCUAGCUGCUACAGAGGAAACUCUCACAUCACCUGGUGCUAGUACGCUUUUUAUAUGCAAGCGUUCACUGGUGUGAAAGGACCAUGUCAGAAAGACUGUAGACAAGAAGGAAAUGAAAGAAAUUUCAGUUCCAUUUCUUCAACCGAGAAAAGACUCAUGAGACCGGGGCUGCAGACUCUGCAUAUUUACUACUGAACACCAUGAAACAGGACAGAAACAGACUACUCUCCAUCCACAGUCAGCUGUGUGUGGAGUGUCCUGUAAAUGGUUCACAUGAUCUUAUAGACACAGGGAGGGUUUCAAGGAAUAGUUACUGAUCUUUCUAAGCAAUAGUCGGUCACAUUUUACAGUGUCUGAGUGAAUGUUUUACCUGGUUGGACCAUGUGAUCUGACAUACAAUCAGAGAUCUCCAGUUUCGUGAUAAGGAAAUAAACGUGACAUUGUUUUGAUUGUG